CGUUGGGGGGUUGAUUCCCCAAACUCCGUAUAAUUCCGUCAUUUUCCCGUUUCCACAUUUCGCAAUUUCCCAUCUCUCUUUCUCUCUCUUCUCUCUCAGUCUCGUGUGAUCUGCGUCGAGGUCGUUUUGACCCGCAACCUUCUUCAACGUCGUAGACGCCCCGGAAUUCAUUUUCGCACUUCCAUCUUCCCUGAUUCCGAUUCGCAAUCUCAGAUUCUCCCCACACUCGUGAUUCGCAACUGAAGAGAAAAACCUAAACGCCUCCGUCGAUUCUUCUUCUUCUUUUGUCUUGUCGUUUCUACAAUUUAUUUUUUGGCGCUGCUGGCGUUGCCGUUUUGCGCGGUGGUGAGCGUCGUUGUGGGUGGGUGGUGGAAAGAUGAAGUCCUCACUCAACAAGCUGAGGAAAUUGGCACUUAACAAGAGCGUUGGGAAGGACAAGAGGGACUUUCCACCUUCCGUUAAGUUCGAUGAGCUUGCUCUCGCUUCCAAGGAAAUGCAAGAGAUGAGAGAUUGCUAUGACAGCCUACUCGCGGCUGCAGCUGCGACAGAAAACAGUGCUUAUGAAUUUGCAGAGUCACUACGGGAAAUGGGCAAUUGUCUUUUGGAGAAAACUUCAUUAGAUGAUUCUGAAGAAAGCGGUAAAGUUUUGGAGAUGCUUGGAAGUGCACAGCUGGACCUUCAAAAACUUCUUGAUAGCUAUCGUGCUCACAUAGUACUGACAAUAACAAACCCAUCAGAGUCUCUUCUUAAUGAACUAAGAACUGUGCAGGACAUGAAGCGACAAUGUGAUGAAAAAAGAGAAGUUUAUGAAUACAUGAUCACCCAACAGAAAGAAAAAGGAAGGUCAAAAAGCAGUAAAGGCGAAAGUAUUACUCCACAGCAGCUGCAAGAAGCUCAUGAUGAGUUUGAAGAAGAAGCAACGCUUUGUGCUUUUCGGUUAAAAUCCUUGAAACAAGGGCAGUUACGCAGUCUGCUAACACAAGCAGCCCGUCACCAUGCUGCCCAGUUAAAUUUCUUCCGGAGAGGACUUAAAUCUCUAGAGGACAUUGAACCACAGGUUAGGAUGAUCGCUGAGCAACAACAUAUUGAUUAUGAAUUCAGUGGCCUUGAAGAUGUCGUUGAAGGUGUUUCUGAUGAUGAAUACAAGGAAGCCAUUGAAGGAGAAUUAAGUUUUGACUAUAGAACAAACAGGCAGGGUCCUGAUAUUGAUUCCACAUCAAACUCAGAGUUGGAGGAAUCAGAUCUCUCGUUUGUUCGAGGUUCAACCGCAGAAAAUGCAGAGAUGAUAUGUUUAGAGAAGACCCAAGGAGACUUUAAAGUCCCUGGCAGAGAUCCAAGGGUCAGCAGCUAUUCAGCUCCAAUACUUGCAGAAAAGAAAGUUAAAUUUGACCCGGCUGAAAAAGUAAGACAAAUGCUAGCAUCACCUACCACCAAGUCCAGUGCUUAUGUACUUCCUACCCCUCUCAACAUUAAAGAAUCAAAAGGUAGCUCUGUCCCUCGCCCAAGUGCAAGCGGGCUUCCUCAUAAUUUGUGGCAUUCUUCCCCGUUGGAUGAAAAGAAAAAUGAGAAAGAUUUUGUUGAUGGCAAAUUGUCAGAACCAACUAUCCCUAGACCACACACUGUUCUUAAAGAAAGCAACAGUGAUACUACAUCGACCCAAUUACCCCGCCCUUUAUCAGAUGGACUAUCUCCCCCACAAGUUGAUAUUUUCAGUGCUUCUGAUGCAGGUAAGAAAACCAAAAGACUAGCGUUUUCAGGUCCAUUGACAAAUAAACCAUCAUCAGGGAAACCUGUUUUAUCUGCCAUUUCUACAGGGUCAACUGAACCACCUCCAAUUUCUGUGGUUUUAACUCGUUUACCAGUGCCUCAGCCUUCUUCCCCAAAAGUAUCUCCUAGUGCUUCACCUCCUCUUGUUUCUUCCCCUAGGAUAAGUGAGCUUCACGAGCUCCCUAGACCCCCUGGUAAUCCAUCCACUAAGCAAGUGAAAUCUUCUAGAACAGGUCACUCUGCACCAUUAGUAUUCAGAAAUCCAGAGCAUCCUGUGAUCAAUAGACUUCCUACAGCUGUAUCAAGUGCAGCUUCUCCACUUCCAACACCCCCUAUAAUUGUCUCCCGAAGCUUUUCUAUACCUUCUAGUAGUCAAAGGGCUAUGGCAUUAAAUGUUAGCAAGUUUUUGGAUAAUCCCCAAGUUUCAGAGCAGGCUGCAGAAUCUGCAUCUCCGCUAACACCUGCAAGCCAGAGAGCAAGAAUAUCUGACCUGGCUACUCACUCUAGUGAAAUCCAAGUUAGAUGAAUCUGUUAAUAGAGCGCCUAAGAAGUAGUGGAAUCCUUUAUGUAACAGCCAAGCCUUACUCUUGGAUUGACUAGUAUUACAAGUACCAUAUCUCUUUAGGAUAUGGUCUUGAAGUCUCUAAAGAGUUUAUAACUAUGAGACAUCUCUCACCUCUUGAGCUAGCUUUUGAGGUGAGUUAGGCCUACUCAAUUUUAAUAUGGUAUUAGAGCCUAUCCGAUUUAAUCUAGUUGGGCUACCCGCAAAUAUUCAUUCUUGCAAUCAAACUUCAUACUCCAGAUGUGCAUUCUUGGGCCAGCUCUUAUUCAUGUCAUGGAAGUUGCUUAUUAAGGAGGAAUGGGGUCAGCUAUGUAAAAUUGUACUAACAAACGGAUAGCAUAGGCAAGGUUCAGGAAUAUAUUCUAUUUUAAACAAUAAAAAAAAUCAUGCAUAGGAGCAAAGAUCCAUGUGUAGCCUCUUAUGAUUGUGUGUGUGCAUGCACGUGUUUAAUUUAAUUUUAUUUAUUUUAUUCUUUUCUUCCUUAUAUCGACCAUGCAAACCCUUGCAUUGUCACGGUGAUGCAUCUUUGACUGUGCCCUCAUUCAAAGCACCGAUUAUUAACUUUUAUGAAUUAAGCUGUAACCAUUGCCCGUUUUUCAAAUAGAUAAUGUUCUACGUCAUCAUUCCUUCACUUCAUAACUGCAUGGUUUGUGUUGUCAAUCAUGAUGAUCAAGCAGAAUUUGCAUUUUGCAUCAACUUCCCUUGCUUUUGAUGUAGUUUGCCUUGUUAUCUUAUUCUUGAGGGAAAGAAUG